GUGGCGUCGCAGAGCGGCAAGUCUCGGCUGAUGUUCCCGUUUUAGAACUCACAGGCAGGUGACCCGAUGAUGCACGUCUUGCCUCGUUGGUGGAGCCGCCCGACGCAAAUCACCACCUCCAGAAGCCCUUCGCCCAUGACUACCACAGCUGCACCCCCUCAGUCUGCGGCGAACCACUGUUCUCGCCCGCUUCUAGGCGUAAUGAGUGGAAUCUCUCUGCUAUUUCUGUUCGUAUGUACAUAUAUAUAUAUAUACUGCAGAACCUCACAUUGAUCGGAGAAUCAUCGUGGGCUGCAUUUACAGUCGACUCCUCAAAUAAAAAUAACCCGGUCAGACCUCUAGUCGCCAAGAUGCACGCUACUCUGACCCUGCC